AAGAAGAAGAAGAAGAAGAAGAAAACGGAAGCGAAGUCCAGGAAAUAUGGAGAAUCCGGAGUUAUCUUUCACUUUGGCUUAUACCGUGUUUGCUGUUUGUCUCAUCUUUACACCGAACGAAUUCCGCGCAGCAGGUUUAACCAUCCAAAAUGCGUUUUCGAACUGGCUGGGCAGUGAGGAUAUUGACUUCAUCGGGCAUCAUUUGAGGAGGACCAGCCUCACUGUGUUGAUCCACAGUUCUCUUCCUCUAGGUUACUUCAUGGGAAUGUGUGUUGCUGCCCCAGAAAAGAACCUGAUAUAUGUUCACCAGAUUAGUGCCAGCUGGAGAGUUUUUCUCUUUCUCUCUGUGAGCCUUCAAUUGACCAGCUGGCUGCUUGUCAUUUACUGGUACUGCUGUCAUUGGCACAACCAUCCCAUCAGCAGGACACUUAAAGCUCAUGCACAGCUUCCUUAUUCCACCUCUGGCCAUGUGGCAGCCAGCAUCAACAGAGAGUUCAGACGAAUAGACAAAGUUGUGACAGGAGUGCCUGGAGCCCGAGUUAUUGUUACAGAUAGCUGGAUACUGAAGGUGACCACAUAUCACAUUGACAUGGCCUUACAAAGUGAUUGUCAUGUGACCGUGACAGAUUCCAGGCAGCAUCAGCUGAGCCCAGAUUCACCUUCCCCCAUAGAGAUCCUGAGCUUGAGGGUGGAGAGCAUUAACCCUACAGUCAGACCAUUCAAUAUUAGUCUUAACUCAACAGAUUAUACUGAUUUGAGGGUAAAGCUCCGAGCUCCCAUCAGAACUUCUCCCAAUGUUGUGAUCCACCAAACAAUGAGUGAACUCUUUCUGGAAACCUUCAGAGCUCAGGUGGAGCUCAAUCAACGAUACACACUCCCCAGUGGGCAGGAAGUGGAACCCUGUAUCGGCUGCAUGCAAGUUCCAGCAAGUACCAAGUUGGUUAGACUCUGCCAAACAGCAGGAAUAGACAAUGAAUCAGAGUGCCAGCAGUGUUUCUGCAGACCCAUGUGGUGCCUCUUUUGUUUGGGUCGAUGGUUUGCCAGUCGCCAGGACCAACAAAGACCUCAGACUUGGUUAUCCAGCAAGGUUCCCUGCCCUACAUGCAGAGCCAAAUUCUGCAUACUAGAUGUUUGUAUGGUCCACUGACCCACAAUAUUAAAAUGACAUAUUCUCAGAUAAACCCACAUCUGUGUCAAGCAAAGAAGCCAUAUAGCAGCACCGAACGGGACACUGCCUUCAUUAUGUGGCCUUACUCAUGAACUACAAAUGUAUUCUACCGUCUCAAAUGAUCUACAACAUUCAGAUCACAUACCCUACAAAAUAAGAACCUUCAUAUCAUAUUUUUCACAUCAGGUAAUUGCUGUUUUGGGCUUUAUAUGACUGGUUUAUAACCUGUCAUAUAAACAGUCAUAUAUAUAUAUAUGUACACACACACACAAUUAGGUUCAAAAUAAUAGCAGUCCCACAUUACUAGCAAGAUAAAUCACUGUUUUUGUUUAAAUUACAACUUCUACACUGCAAGUAAUUCUCUAGGAGGUUUAGUAAUGGUAUAGAAAACCAACAGGCAUGAUAUGCAAGCUGCUGAUUCUGUGAAACUGAAUCAUUUACUGAAAGGGAUGUGUUCAAAAAAUAGCAGUGCUGAGUCCAAUUAGUGAGGUCAUUGAUUAUGUGGAACCCCCCCCCCCCCCC